AUGGUCGGAUUUGGACACGACGAAUUGAGGCCCGGCACAGCACCAGUUUGGAGGUCUGAAUUUUACUUAAAAAACUGGACAGGAGCGGAUGGAACACCUCGACGUUCUAACCCGAGAAAGGCACGACUGGAGACCCAUAUUAUUCAAAUCUUUGCAACUCGCACUCGGCAAGUGAAAAGGUUUGUAGCAGACCUGGGAGACGAAGCCUCGCAACAAGCGUCUCAAGAAGCUCAAGCACCAUUGCAAGCAGCCUAA